UGCGCGGCUGGCCAUUCGGCCCGGUGUCACGUUGAUUUCCAGUCUGGAGGAUCACCCUGAAGACCCUCCCUCCCCACACCGCGAGAUAAGAGGCACACAGAUCAUAUGGGAUUAGCGUGAGUCUAAAAGCACACGAGCAACUCUGACCCAAUCCAAAUCUGACUUGUUAUAUUGAAGGAUUCUCAACUACAUUGACCAGGACACCAGCAAUCCUCCAGAGGAAGAUUUAGUGUUUGGAGAGGCAAUGAGGAUGAAGAUGUUGUUUUGCAGUCUGCUGUUUGUGUUGGGAGGAGAUGUUCUCCUGGCCUGCUCUCUGAAGAACUACACGCUGUACGUGGAGAGACACGAGUGCGGUCACUGCAUGGCCGUCAACACCACCAUGUGCAGCGGAAUGUGCUUCACACAGGACACAAACCUCAGAGGAUUUGUGGGCAAGCGUUUCCUGAUUCAGAGAGGAUGCAUGCAUCGUUCUGUGGUCUAUCAUUCGGCUAAGAUGCCCGGCUGUCCUGUCCACAUCGACCCGCUCUUCUUUUAUCCGGUGGCACGCCGGUGCCGCUGCACAAAAUGCAACACUACCAGGAACGAGUGUGUUUACAAGCCCAAACACACUCCCAGCAAAUGCUCCGAGCACCUGCGUGCCGUCUGACAUCAGUCGACAAGGGGCUUU